AUGCGUCGUUUAUGGAUUUUCAGCCUGGCGGCUAAUGCAGUAGCACAAACCAGCGUCAGCUACAGCGUUACCGCGACAGUUACGGCGACCGCGAUCAUCACCGUGACUACCUGUCCGUGUACAGUCUCCACGACCUCGUCAAUCCUGAUCCCGGACGGGACGGUCACGCCCUCAAGCCCGAUUACCUCGAUCACAACCACGACUCCUGGCAGUCUUGCUUCCUGGUCCACCGCAUUCAGUAGCGUUUCUGCAUCGAGCUCAUCUUCGGUCAUAUCGAGCCUAUCUUCGACAACAGGUUCGGCUACCUCGACUACUUCCGGAACGUCCAUCCCGACCUACGAUGCAUAUAUCAAUGCUAUCCUUGUCCACCACAAUUACCACCGCCAGAAUCACUCGGCCGCCCCAUUGACAUGGUCGAUUGCCUUGGCGGCAACUGCUCAACAGAUUGCGCAGACUUGUGUCUUUGGCCAUAUCACUAAUCUCAAUGGAGGUGGAUACGGUCAAAACAUCGGUGCUGGCUAUCCUGGAACACCUCUGGGCAUGGGGGCCUUUGUGACCGAAGGAUUGUAUAACGGUGAAGUCAACAACUACGUCUACUACGGGGAGGAGCCCGAUCUGGACACGCUGGGUCAGUGGGGACAUUUUACACAGAUUGUAUGGAAGAACACUGCAGCCGUGGGAUGUUAUACUGCCGACUGUUCUGCGACUGGGUUACAAAACGUUGCUGGAAAUGUCCAGCCUUUUUUCACGGUUUGCAACUAUGCACCACCAGGAAACUUUGUUGGUCAGUUCACGCCGAAUGUAGGUGUGUCGAUUGGGUUGCCUAGCAUUGGUGCAUCGUACGGGUUGACUUAG